UUUACUCUUUAAAAAUUAAGGAAAAAAGAGAGAGAAAAUGGAGGGCUGAAUGCUGAUACGAAAACUCAGAGAGAGCCUCUCUGAUCAUAGCACACACCACACGAAUCAAAACAAACUGAUCAAAGCUAAGAGCUUUAGCUCAUUUAUUCACCUUUCGAAGAACGGCGGAGAUUAUUAUUUCACAAGUACAUAAAUUGAAGGGAAAGGUUGUGUCAAGCUAAGAGUAAAUGGUGGGUAAAGACAACUUGAGGACAGAGGACUUGAACUUGUGCUUUGAGAAGCUUAUGAUGCUUUGUGGAAAUGGAAUUGGUACAGGAGGAGUAAAGAUGGAAGGUGGUGUCAUCACUGGGUGGAAGGAUAUCCCCAUGGAGCUGUUGUUGCAAAUUGUUUCUCUUGUCGACGAUCAGACAGUGAUCAUGGCUUCUGGAGUGUGUCGUGGGUGGAGAGAUGCUAUUAGCUUGGGCCUUACCCAUCUCUCUCUCUCAUGGUGCAACAAGAACAUGAAUAACUUGGUCCUAUCUCUUGCUCCAAAGUUCACAAAAUUGCAGACUCUCAUACUACGCCAAGAUAAAACACAGCUCGAGGAUGAUGCUGUUCAAACUAUUGCAAACUUCUGUCAUGAUCUGCAGGUCCUGGACCUCAGCAAAAGCUUCAAGCUCAGCGACCGCUCCCUGUUUUCCCUGGCUCAUGGGUGUCGUAAUCUUUCAAAACUCAAUAUUAGUGGAUGUUCAGCAUUCAGUGAUAGUGCUCUUGCAUAUCUGACAAGUUUUUGCCAAAAUCUAAAGGUUUUAAAUCUUUGUGGAUGCGGCCAAGCUGCAUCUGACAUUGUGUUACAGGCUAUUGGACGCUACUGCAGCCAGUUACAGUCUUUAAAUCUAGGAUGGUGUGAUAAUGUAAGUGAUGUCGGAGUAAUGUGUUUAGCAUAUGGAUGCCCUGAUCUCAGAACCCUUGAUUUGUGUGGCUGCGUCCGUAUAACAGAUGAUAGUGUGAUUGCUCUUGCAAACAAAUGUCUUCAUUUGAGAUCCCUUGGUCUCUACUAUUGUCAGAACAUCACAGACAGAGCCAUGUACUCUUUGGCCCACAGCCGAGUGAAAAACAAGAAACCAAUGUGGAAACCUAUGAAAGAGCUGAAUGAUGAAGAUGGGCUUAGGACUCUCAACAUCAGUCAGUGCACGGCACUCACUCCCCCUGCUGUUCAGGCAGUGUGCGAUACCUUUCCUGCUCUCCACACUUGCUCAGGAAGGCAUUCACUUAUCAUGAGCGGCUGUUUGAACUUAAUGUCUGUGCAUUGUGCCUGUGCUGUCCACGCACACCGCACAGCCAGCAACAUUCCUCACCCAGCUCAUUGAAUGCAGGUUUUUGAGAUUAAAGUAUUUGGCAUCUCUGUUGUGGCCCAGUGAAGUGAAGUCUUCUCCUUGUAUAUAUGCUUGUAUUAGGAUCUAGAGAACUUCGGUUGACACUAUGUAGCCAUUUGUUGUUGAAACUUGAAACUCAGUGACAAUGAAAAAUAGUUUGAACUUUAUGUUUAUGCUAAUUUUGCAA